GCAUCCCCGUCCUACCGAGCGUUACACACAUGCUGACAAAGCUGCGCCAGAAGCUGGGAUAUGGAUGCUCUCAGAGGAAAGGGAUAAGCCUGGACCAAGAGAAGAAACAGAGUCGAGAGAAGAGAAAGGAUUCCAUGAUCUCUGCAGGUGAUGCCGAUUUUCCGCGGGAUUACCACACUCUGGCCGCCAGCAGGGGCCGUGGGGCACGACGCUUCCCGGACAACAGUAAUGGGGGGUUCACGUCGUCCUCGCUGGACCGCCGACACAACUCUGUGGCCGCUAAAAGUUUAGAGGCCCUAAACAGCAUGCACAAAGCGGACAUUGAACGGCAGCGUGACGCCCUGAUGGACCUUCAGAAGAACAAGUACACAAACAGUCCGGGCUCCUUGUCGCAGGGCUCUGCGGCUGCUGGCCGACAGCAACAACCAAACUACUGGAGCUUCAAGAGUCGUACGCCCCGCGUGACCCGACUCAGCCCAACACAGCCGGCGCUCGCAGACCAGGCCAGCAGGGUUUCAUUUGCCUCAGCUGAAAAUCUGGAGACCAUGUCUGAACCUGACAUCCCCUUCGGCUUUAACCGGAUGAAUCGACUUCGCCAGAGCCUUCCUCUGGCCCGCUCGUCCAGCCAAGCCAAGCUGCGGGCGCCAGGAAUCCUGUUUCUCCAGCUCGGGGAGGAGAUUCGCAGGGUGCACCUGACCCACGAGCUGACCAGCCUGGACACCCUGAGGGCACUAAUUGUGCACAUGUUCCCUCAGAGGCUCACAAUGGCCAUGCUCAGGUCCCCCAACACAGCUCUGCUCAUCAAAGAUGAGACUCGUAAUGUCUUUUAUGAGCUGGAGGACCCUCGGGACGUUCAGGACCGCUGUGUAAUUAAGAUUUACUGCAAAGAGCCCAUCUACGGCACUUACCCUGGACACCACAACCCCCACAUUGCCAACGGAGAUUUGAGAAGAGAUUUGGUGCACGCACCCCAAGACUCUCCAUCAAAUCGUCGCCUGGGCAACCCCGCCAUGUCCUCCCAGCAUUCCUCCGCUUCACCUCCUCAAGGCUCGCCAUCCCGUGCUCGCCUGCUCUACAGCUCUGGGAGGCCUUCUUCCUAUGCGGGGCCGCCCCACCACACCCAUUCCCUACCUCAUCCACACUCCCAGUCCCACCACUCUUCCCCCCUCCAGCAGCCCCAGCUCCACCAGCCCCACCACACACAGCCGGCCUUCUGCACCUCUUCCAGCGCCAUCCUGGAGCGCAGAGAUGUGAAACCCGACGAUGAGGUGGGCGGUUCCCGGAGCAUGGUGCUGCUGCGAGGAGAUGGAGGUGGGAUCUACGCAGACCCAUAUGCUUUGGGCCCAGACACGAGUCGGCUGAGCCUUGCAGGAGGUCCUCACUCUCCUCUGCCGGCCCGAGCUGAUCCUUACGCCUCCUUAUACCGCCGCGGAGGAGGACCAGGACCUGGAUCAGUUCGGUCACUCACCUCCUACUCUGCUGCAGCAUUACAGGGAGAGUUGAUGGAAAGCGGUGUUCUAUACAGGCCUGGAGGGCCGCUGUACAAUGACGCCUAUGCUGCUUCCAUGUUGGCUAUGGGUCUGAGGGUGCCACCACCCUCUUCCCCUCAAAAGAUACCUGAUAUGAGGGAUUCCUAUGGGGGGACCAUGUCCACUCGGGGCUCUCCAGGAAGGCAGAGUUUAAGAAGGGACUCUGUGACCUCCUCUGUGUUUGGGGACAGCCCCAAAGCCAGAGGCCAAGGGCCAGGGUUGGGUCUAACAGCAGAGCAGCUCUGCCUGAUUGGAGGAGGGGAUGGAGGAGGCAGCACUGGAGGAUUUGGUUCACCAUUGAUUGGGAAUGAGACGGAGACCAGGGAGCGAAUGGAAGCGAUGGAGAAGCAGAUAGCAAGCCUGACCGGGCUGCUGCAGAGAGUUCUGACCAGAGCGCCUGAAGUUGAAAGUCCGGAGAAGCUUGAGUCAGCCAGUGACUGUUCAGGAAAUGACCCUGGACAAACUAAAAAAAAGAAAGCUCUGACACCAUCUGCUCCCUUGGCCCUGAUGCCGCCUCCAUGUUCAGUGGCCAACCAGCCUGUGGCCGUGUCCCGUAUGCAGAUGCAGCUCCACCUUCAAGGCCUGCAGCAGAACACCAACGCUCUGCGCAAGCAGCUGUCGCAGCUGCGGAACAUGCAGCUGGAGAACCAGGACUCUGUUCUGUCUCUACUGCGUCAUACUGAGUCUGAGCUGAGCCUCAUGAUGUUGGAUGCCAUGCGACCCCAAGAAGACCCACUCCAGAGACAGCGCCUCUUAGUGGAGGAGGAGAGGCUGAAGUACCUGAACCAGGAGGAACUACUCAUUCAGCAGCUGCACGACCUGGAGAAGUCUGUUGAUGAGCUGCAGAGAAACUCUUCUGUCAACCAUGGCCUGGUGACGGAGCGGGAAGUGGAACAGAAGAGCAAAGAGCUGAGGAUGUUAGGAGAGACUCUCACUGAACUCAAAAACCAGUUUCCCAGCCUACAGAGUAAGAUGCGAGUUGUGCUGAGGGUGGAGGUGGAGGCUGUUAAGUUCCUUAAAGAGGAACCCCAACGCUUGGAAGCUCUACUAAAACGUUGCAACACCAUGAUUGAUGCUCUCAGCACCCUUCGCAGACAAGUUUCUGAAGGUGUGUGGAAGACCCCUGAAGACCUCUCCAGCCAAUCCCAGAAGAGAUCAGAGGACCUGAGUCACAGCUCCGACCUGGACCUCCUAAACAGUCCUCCUCUCAGUCUUAGUGACCUGAGCACCAGUGCUGGUCUGGCCAACUGGAUGCCUAUGUCCUCCUCUGUCAGUGAAGUUGACACCUCUGGUCCCGAUCAGGACAUCCAGUCCUCCAUGACCUUCAGAAACCGAGUCCUGGAUGAGCUGCCAAGUCGGCGUCCUGCAGACAAAGCUGUGUCUGCUGAAGUCAGACUGGCGGCUGAACGGGACUGGGAGGAGAAACGCGCCAGUUUGACCCAGUUUAGUGCCCAGGACAUCAAUCGCCUGCUGGAGGAGACCCAGGCUGAGCUGAUGAAGGCCAUUCCAGACCUAGACUUUGCUGCCAAGCACAUAAACAAACCGGCAGUGCCCCCAAAACCCCAGAUUACCCUCCCAAUAACCUCCACCACAGCUACUUCUUCAGCUGCAGGGACCACUGGAACCACGGCCACCACCAUAUCCAGCGGGGACCAGCAGCCUGGCAAAGUGCAGCUGGCUGCUCAGAAGCUCAACAGCAUGGAGGGUGGCGGUUCACAUCGAGGGUCAGUGGACCUCAGUGUAGCCAGAUACAAAACAGAAAAACCCUCCAAAUCCCCUCCCCCACCUCCCCCUCGCCGAAGCUUCCCUUCGGCUCAUGGCCUCACCACGAACCGCACUGGAGAGGUGAUCAUCACCAACAAGAACCAGAAGAUAGAAGAAGAUGGUGACAUGCCAAAAACUCUGGUAAAGCUGAGACGGACCCCAUCAGACACCCCCCGACCGGCUUCCACUCCACCUGUGAUCGCUGCCUCAGCCAUUCAGGAUGAAGAUGAUGAAGAGAAGAUCCUAGCUGAGCUAGAGAAUAGCAGUAAUUCACCAGGACCAACUAAGGGUCCGACCGUCGCAGCCCGACUCAAACACCUUCAACAGAGCAGCCUGGAGAGACCCAAACCCCGCAAGCAGAAAGAGGAUUUCCCCAAAGUCCAUGGCCAGCAGCAGGUAUUCCACUUCUAA